ACGGGAUCAGUACGGCGAUGCCGUCCUUGUGCCGGAGCUCAAGGUGGAGAUCAAGGCCAUUCCCACCGGACCGGAUCGCAGUGGCGGAGGCAAUCUGAAGAUGCGCCGCACCUCGUAUGCGGACGAGGGCACGACUGUGGGCCAGGGCGUGGGCGCCCAGUUGGGCGGAAUGGCGCCGCCGCCACGGCUGAACUAUGAAGCCACUACCAAGGAAAAGAUGUGCUUCAAGGCGAUCACCUUUAUGAAGCCCUACACGAACUACUCCUUCGAGGAGCUGCGCUUCAGCAGCCCAGUGCAGACGCGAACGACGGAGGUUCUCUCUGCCCAGGACAUGGAGGACGGCACCUUCAGCGUCCACUGGACGCCCAACUCGGUGGGCGGCUAUUGUCUGGCUGUCACCAUCGAUGGCAUACCGCUCGAGGAGGUGUAUAGGGUUGAGGUAAAGGAGGGCGUGCUGCCUCCUCCCGCACAGCGGAGCAGCGCCACACGCCGUCCGCAGGCGCCAAGCAAACUGCGACGAUUUCAGGCGAGGCACAGCGCUGGAUUGCGCAUACGCUCCCAUCCCACGCUGCAGUCGGAGCAGGUGGGCGUGGUGCGUUUGGGUGGCAUCAUAUCCUUCAUAGAUGAGAUCGAAAACGAUGACGGCAUCUGGCUGCGUCUGUCCACGGAGUCCAUACGGCAGCACUGCACCAUGGGCUGGUAUCCGACGGAGGCAUGGUGCCUGCAAUACAAUCAACAUCUGACCCGUACGCUGCUGCAGCCGGUCAACGAGGCCAAGGCCAGGUCAAAGGCGACAGCUGGCGGGGACAUGACCGAGUCGGAGCAGCAGCAGCAGCAGCAGCAGCAACAGCAGCCCCUGCCCAGUAGUCCCAGCGGCAGCACGGCCGGCGAUAGCCCCAGCAGUCCGGCCGACACCAAAUCUCCCACGGAGCGUAAAAUUUUUGAGCUGCCCGCAGCCACAGCUGCGGCUGCUUCGUCCUCGACCGCAUCCUCGACCAAUCCCUUUCUGCUGCCCGCCGCCAAAGGAGCUGGCACCGAUGCGCUCCUCCCCACGGAUGCGGACAAUAUGCUGACUGCCAGCACGGAGCUGCUGCCCGGCAAUCUGGGCUCGGCCAUAGCGGGCGUCGUGGGCGGCGGAGCUAUCAAAUUGCAGGCGCUGCAAAAAUGGUUCAAAGGCGAUGCCAUCGAGUCGCAGUCGCAGUCGCAGUCGCAGUCGCAGUCGCAGUCGCAGACAGCGAUGCCGCCUUUGGCUGGCGUGUCUGUGCGGGAGCUGGUGCGCGCGAUGGGCGGGCAGGAGCAGUCGCCGAGCCACGCCCAUGCGGCGCGGGGCAAUGGCAACAGCCAGGAGAGCAUUAGCUCCGCCGCUGGCGAGCCCCUGGACUUUGACAUAGCCAGCGUACGGCGUGUUAACUAUACGGCCAGCCAAACCGCAGCGCUGCUGUCCACGCCCAAGCACACGCCCAGACGGACGGCAGCUGCCGCCGCCGCUGCGGUCGCCCUGGCCAGCGAGUCGGCACAGCUGGACGAGGAGGAGCUCAGCUUGCUGCAGAUAACCACAACGACAACGGCAUCCGGGACGAGUGGAGCCACAGAUGCAGCUGGGUCCAGUGAGCAGCCGAGCGAGCUGCAGAUCGGCCUCAGCCUGAGCAACAAUAGCCCCGCAGCCGGCGGCAGCAGCAGCUGCUCCAAGCGCGGCCAGGCGAUGGGGCCGAUCAAGCGCGCGAUGCCGCCCUCCUUUGCGGAGAGCAUCCGAGCGGUAUUUGCGGCUCUGCUCUGGCACGAAGGCGUCGUUCACGAUGCGAUGGCCUGUGCCAGCUUCCUCAAGUUUCAUCCGGGCCUGCCGAAAGAGGGCGCCACUGUGGUGACGCGGCGCGAUACCGGGGAUCCGCGACUGCAGCUGUCGCGCGAGCAGAAGGCGCAGCAGCGCCAUUCCGUUGAGGUAGCGAAUGCGGGACACUACCUGAACAUACGCCCCUCGACGCUGGAGACGCUCGCCAAGAGCGGCAACUGCUCGCUCCACAAUCGGAGCAAGCAUCGCAAGAAUAUUUUGGCUGGAGAAGAUCCGCAGCAGCAGCAGCAGCAGCAGCAGCCGAAGGAAAAGCUGCACGCUCUGCCGGAGCUGGUGAGCGUGUUGCCCCCCGCUCUGCGGUGUUUGGUCUACCUCUGGGAGCAAAUCUGCUCCGGCUGCGUUCACAUUGUCCAGUCGAAUGCGCUCGAGCAGCGCGAGCCGCGCCUCCUGUCGCCCAGCGGGCGCGAUGCCAAUGGCGACUCCGAUGCCAAAGAGGGCGGCAAGGGCAGCGAUGAGCCGGGCGCCGAUAAGGAUGCGGCCAAGAAGUGCAAGCGGAAGAAGAAGGACGACGGCAGCUGGUGCGAGAUCUGCGAACUCUUUCUGCCCAUGCCCGUCACAUACCACAUGCGCAUCGCCCAUCCCGGCUGCGGGAAGUCCGCCAAGGGCAAGGGCUACAACUCGGUGGGCAUUUUCUGCGAGGGCUGGGCCGGCAAUUGCGGCGAGGGCGGCAAAGGCGCCUCCAGCUGGUUCCUCAUGUGCGACGCCUGCCGCGACAAAUACCUGGCCAGCACCCGCACCGCCAGCAACAUCAACAGCGCCGCCCAGCACGCCUCCAAUGCAGGUGCUGAAAUGAAUCUGUUUGGCGUGAAGACAACUACGUUGAUAGCCAACUCGGAGGUGUACACGACUAUGCGAGAGAAUGCAACAUUUUUACUGGAGCUCUGCUCCUCCUCCUCGGCAUCGGCAUCGUCAUCGUCGACUGUACUGGGAGGCAGCCAGAAGCGUUCGCCACAGCAGCAGCAACAGUCGCAGCAAUCGAUGCCCGUGGUGGUAGAGCAUCAGCAUCUGGGCAUGUCCGAUCUCAAUCUGAGCAGCAAGCCGAGCACCAGCCGAGCGGACUCGGCGCGCAACAGUCGCAUUGGCCGGCUAAGCGGCAAGUUUACGCCGUUUCGCAAGUCAUUUGUGGGCGUGGCGCCGGCAACGCCAGACAACGUUUGGCCCGCACCGGAGAGCUUCGCCUGCCUGGAGUGCCUGGGCACGGGUCUGCACGAGGAUCUGCCCUACGAGAUGUUUGGCCUGGGCGGCAAUGCCAAUGAGAAUGGCUACGAUCGGCCCUUGUCGGAGAUUUCGUACGAGUCGUGUGAGCCAAACAACUAUGAACUAAUGUCCGGAUCUAUGGCCAAUCCACCGGCCACUGGCGGCACGCUAUCCAAGUUCCAUCGCAGCUACUCCAUGGGUCAGGGCUGGGCAGCUGUGGCCCAGCAGCAGCAGCAGCAGCAGCAACAACAACAGCAGCAGCAGCAGCAACAACAGCAGCAGCAACAGCAGCAACAGUUGCAGCUGCAGCAUCUGCAGCCAUCGGUGGUGGCACUGCCGCUGGACACACAGCCCAAGGUGGUCUACCGGAGGCGCAACAACUCGACGAGCGAGGGCGAUGGCUCGCUGCUCAUCUGCUAUCCGUCGGAGCAUCUGCGUCGGCUGGUGCCGCCCAAGCUGCUGGCCAGCGUGGCCGUGCUGCAGGCGCCCAAUGCCAACGAGCCAAAGCCAGCCAGCGACGAGGCGGCCAAGGAGGCGGCCCCAGGCCAGCCGGCCUCUGCGGCCUCUGCUCCCCUGCCGGAGCAGAACAGCGCCCUGCUCAGUCGACCGGCCAUGGCGUUCAUCACCCAGAAGCACGAGCUGGACCGUCUGCGCGUAGCGAUGCGCCGCAGUCUGCGGAUCGCCGCGUGCCGCAUCUAUGCGCUGCAGGCGCUCAACUGGCUGCUGCGCAGCGUUACGCAGGGCGUGUGCCUGCACGACCUGAUGUGGUGGUUCGUCAGCUCCCUAGCUGUGGGCAGCGUGGAGCUGGUCGACGGCAAGUACGAGGAGGCGGAGCAGGCGCUGGAGCACCCAGUCGCCUAUACACAGAUCAGCGGACGCUUUGCCCAUUUGAUUACACAGUCGCUGCACGUCCUGCUGCAGUCGGUGGCGGAUCUGACGCUGCACCUGCCGCUCGGCUCCCCGCUGCAGCGCGUGGCCAUUCAGUGCUUCGGCAUACGCUUCCGGCAGGCGGACCAUCAGUUCCUGCACAGCUCGCACGUCUUCGGCAACAUAUCCAAGAUAUUGUCCAAGUCCGACGAGCAGAACGACGCGAUGGCCGUCUCGAACAUGCUCGCGACUGCAGGCGAGCCGCACUGCGAUGCCGAGCACAAUAUAGCCACGGCCAGCAAUCAGCUGACAGCCGGCAGCGUGCCGGGCGCCCGGCUCAUCUGCUACACGGAUCUGUCGGGCAUGUUCGAGGUGACGGUCUCCUCGCGCCCGGCCAUGGCCGAGUCCCUCACGGACAACUCGACGGAAACGUUCUGGGAGAGCGACGAGGAGGACCGCAACAAGUGCAAGAUCAUAGAGCUGUCCAUGAACAAGCUCAGCUACGCCUGCAAGUUCGUGCUCGUCCACAUUGACAACAGCCGCGACAUUCAGAACAAAGUGCUGAAUGUGGUGUUCUAUGCGGGCCAGUCGCUGGGCGAUACGAAUCUGAUCAAAUCCGUCGAUGUGGACCCAAAGGCGUGCGUGUGGAUUGCGGCGAAGAUCAGCGACGAGAGCUGCACGCACUUUCGACUGGAGCUGCACGGGCCGGAGAACACGUUGCGUGUACGGCAAAUCAAGCUGCUCGGUCUGCCCAGCUGCCAGCAGGGCGGCGCUGGCGGAGCUGUGGCGGCUGUGGGAGCAGCCGAGGAGCUGUCCCAUGCGCUGCCGGCAUUGCCCAUGGUCGAGCAGCGGGCAGCAAACGUGCGUCUGUCGUACGCCUCGCGCAUCCAGCAACAGAUCUGCGAGAGCGAAACCCUGCGCGUGUUCCGCCUCAUCACCGGCCAGGUGUUCGGCAAGCUGAUCAGCAAUGUGAGCGACACGGUCAAUCCGAGCGGGGCUUCCUCGCAGGAGGCAGCCAACUCGAUGCUCGCCGAUUCUCUGGAUCUGCGCGAGCACAUGGUCGGCAUUCUGUUCUCGCGCAGCAAGCUCUCGCACCUGCAGAAGCAGGUGAUUGUGCACAUUGUGCAUGCCAUACGCAAGGAGGCGCAGCGCGCCAAGGAGGACUGGGAGCUGGCCAAUCUGGCGCAUGUGCUCAAGCAGCAGCAGCAGCAGCAGCAGCAACAGUCGCCGCCAGCAGCAGCAGCAGCGGCCAGCUCUGCGGGGCCUGCCUCCUCCAGCGAGGGCAGCCCGGAGCGCAGCCGAGCGCCGGACACCUACUGCUUCGAGAUGCUGAGCAUGGUGCUCGCCCUGUCCGGCAGCGUUGUGGGUCGCUCCUAUCUCUCGCAGCAGCACGGCCUGCUGCGCGAUCUGCUGGGCCUGCUGCACACGGGCAGCGAUCGCGUGCAGCGGCAGGUGACGGCGCUGCUGCGUCGCAUUCUGCCAGAAAUUACGCCGGAGAGCUUUGCGGAGCUGCUGGGCGUGCAGCGCCUGCCGCCGGCCGACUAUAACAUCGCCCACCAGAGCGCCAGCGACUUUGAUAUGAGUCGCUUGGGCCUGUUGGACAUCUUCCUGGCCGUCAUUGCCAAAUCGCUGCAGCUGCAGGUCAAGGUGAAGACCAACACGGCGAACGCAACGACUGGCUGUGGCUCAGCCAGUGGCCCCAAGUCCGGGCAGCAGGAGAAGACGCCGGCAUUUGUGCGACUCUGCAGCUCCUUGGAUCUGUCCGUUCAGCUGUUGCGCACGCGCCCAAACACGGCCGAGCAGCAGCUGUCAUCAUCGGCCAUGGCCACGGCCAACAGCGGCGACCCCUUUCGCUUUGAUACAGCGCCCCCGAAGAAGGAGUCCAAGCGCAACCUGAACCAGCGCUGGUUCCUGAACGGCGUCAUCUCCACCAAGCAGGCGGAGAGCAUCAUUGGACUCAUACGUGAUCUGGCCAGCGGUAAGCUGAGCGAGAAGUGGUCGCAGAUCACCAAGGCGGCCAUUGCCGAGUCAGUGCUCAAUUUGACGCGGCUGGAGGAGAUCUAUCGCACACCGGAGCAUUGCACAAAGACAGCCACGCUCUGGCUGGCCCUGGCCAGUCUCUGUGUGCUCGAGCGUGAUCAUGUGGAGAAACUAUCGUCGGGACAGUGGUCCAAGCUCUGCGACACUCGGCCCAUGUGCACCAAUCACGAUGACGGCGAGACGGCGGCCAUUAUCCAAUGCGAGACAUGCGGCUCUCUUUGCGGCGACUGUGAUCGCUUUUUGCAUCUCAAUCGCAAGACGCGCACACACAAACGCACGGUGUGCAAGGAGGAGGAGGAGGCGAUUCGCGUGGAGCUGCACGAGUCCUGCGGACGGACCAAACUCUUCUGGCUGCUCGCCCUGGCCGACUCGAAGACGCUGAAGGCGAUGGUGGAGUUCCGCGAUGGCAGCCACACGAUCAUAUCCGGUCCCCAGGAGGCGGUGGGGCGCUGUCGCUUUUGCGGGCUCACCAGCAACUCGGGACUGCUGGAGAUUGGGAACGUGUGCGCGGACGCCCAGUGCCAGGAGUACGCGGCCAACUCCUGUCUCAAGACCAAGCCGUGCGGCCACGCCUGCGGCGGUGUGGCAGGUGAACGCAAAUGCCUGCCCUGCUUGCAGCAUGUGUGCCAUGCGCGCGAAAACGAACUGGCGGAGGAGCUGCGCGAUCCGAAGCUCACGCAGGAUGCGGACGACAUGUGCAUGAUCUGUUUCGUGGAGGCGCUCUCCUGCGCCCCCUCCAUACACCUGGAGUGCGGUCAUGUGUUCCACUUUCACUGCUGCAAGGCCGUGCUGGAGAAACGCUGGAGUGGGCCGCGCAUCACCUUCGGCUUCUCGCUGUGCCCCAUCUGCAAGGCGGACAUCCAGCACCCCCUGCUGGCGGAUAUACUGGAGCCAAUCAACGGGCUCAAGCAGGACGUCAAGCGCAAGGCUCUCAUGCGCAUCAAGUACGAGGGCGUCGUUAAGGAUACGGACAACAAGGAUGUAACGCAGCUGGCAAUGGAUCGAUACGCGUAUUACGUUUGCUUCAAAUGCCAGAAGGCCUAUUAUGGCGGCGAGGCGCGUUGCGAUGCGGAAAUCGGGGAGAAGUUCGAUCCCGAGGAGCUCGUCUGCGGCGGCUGCUCGGAUGUGGCCAGGGCGCAGAUGUGCCCCAAGCAUGGCACUGACUUCCUGGAGUACAAGUGCCGCUACUGCUGCUCGGUGGCGGUGUUCUUUUGCUUCGGCACCACGCACUUCUGCGACACGUGCCACGACGACUUCCAGCGGCUGACGAACAUACCCAAGAUCAAGCUGCCCCAGUGCCCAGCCGGGCCCAAGGCCAAGCAGUUGCUGGGCGACGAGUGUCCGUUGCACGUGAUGCAUCCGCCCACCGGGGAGGAGUUCGCGCUUGGCUGUGGUGUCUGUCGCAAUGCGCAAACAUUUUAGCAACUGCGUGCCCAGAAGCUACGACUGCAACUGGUGCGACAGGAUGUGUCGCCGGACGAGGCGAACGACGGGGAAGGAGAUGGCAAUAUGGAGAGGGAGUAGGAAGCUGAGGAGGCGGCGGAGGCGGCGGAUCAGCUCAAGAACUCUUAGAAACAUUUGCAUACAUAGAGAAAGUGAGGAUUAGAAAAAGAGAGAGAGAUAGAUAAAGAGAGAGAGAGAGAGUGGGAAAACGAGCUAGCAAUUAGGGAUAAACAUACAUACACAUAUAUGUAUGUAUGUAAAUUCCCAUAUAUAAAUAUAAAUAUAUUUUUUUUUAUAUCAAAUUAAUG